AUGGCGGACCCUGCCGCCUCUCCAGUCGCUCGAACUCCCGAUUCCGAAGUAUCGCCAUUCACGCAGCCGGAUCAGAAGUCGGGCAAAGCUGAAUACUUCCCGCCCAAGACCGAUGGGAGCGACGGCAGCGAUAGAGACGAGACGCCGUACCCGACCAUCAAAGAGCCGUCGCCCAGCCCGUCGGUGCGCACAGAAGACGAUGCCUCAACCGUAGCGCAGGAUCCAUCCAGCAACAGCAGCGCACCAUCUCGCGGCACUCUUUCGGCCAAGUCGUCGAUUGCAUCCGUUGUCUUCCGCCCACCUCGCAAUUUAGCUCUGCCACAAGGCUCGCAGCGGAAAACCGACGGUAACCGUCUCCGGAACUCUUCACCACGACCAGAGAGGUGA